GGGGGCGGGGGCGGCGGCCGGGCUGGAGGUGCUGCCAGCGCUCGCGCCGCCACGCGCCGGGGUUCGCGGACUGGCCCUGGUGGGCUCCCGUCUCGGGGCCUCCUCGCGCGCGGCGGGUGCGCGAGGCCGGCCCGCCCGAGAGGCGUCGCGCGCGGGGCCGGGCGGAGCGGUCCCUGCCCCCGCCGCGGCGGCUGCUCGGGGGCCCGCGUCGCUCGUCGCCUCAGCGCUGCCCGCGAGGCCCGGCCCGGGCUGUCGCCUUCUCCGCCGCUUCCCUCGCCGCCGCCGGGCCUGCGGGAUGUUCAUUUUAAAGAUUCUGUGAAGAUGAAAAGAGAUAUCUUAUGGUUUUACAGAUUAUAAAGCAAUAUCGCCUGACAUGACGGCAAAAAAUGUUGGUGUGACGUCCACAAAUGGAGACUUGAAAGGAUUUAUAGAUCAGAACCAGAGUCCAACAAAAGGUAAUAUUUCAAUAAUCACAUUACCAGUUUCCAGCACCAACUCCCCAACUAAGAUUUUGCCAAAAACCUUAGGACCAAUCAAUGUGAAUGUUGGACCCCAAAUGAUCAUAAGCACAUCACAAAGACUGACCAAUUCAGGAAGUGUUCUGAUUGGGAGUCCAUAUAACCCAGCUCCAACAAUGGUGACACAGACACACAUAACAGAAGCUUCUGGCUGGGUCCCAGGGGACAGGAAGCGGACUCGAGACUUCAUAGAAUCAGAUUUUUCAGAAAGCAAGAGAAGCAAGAAAGGAGAUAAGAAUGGGAAAGGUCUGAGGCAUUUUUCCAUGAAAGUAUGUGAAAAAGUUCAACGUAAAGGAACAACUUCAUACAAUGAAGUCGCUGAUGAGCUGGUAUCGGAAUUCACAAACUGCAACAGCCACCUAGCUACAGAUUCGCAGGCUUAUGAUCAGAAAAAUAUCAGACGCAGAGUUUACGAUGCCCUUAAUGUCCUGAUGGCUAUGAACAUCAUUUCAAAGGAGAAGAAGGAAAUCAGAUGGAUCGGCCUUCCUACAAACUCAGCUCAGGAAUGUCAGAAUCUAGAGCUAGAAAAACAGAGGCGGAUUGAAAGGAUAAAACAGAAGCGAGCCCAACUACAAGAACUGCUGCUGCAGCAAAUAGCAUUCAAAAACUUGGUACAAAGAAACCAGCAAAAUGAACAACAAAAUCAAGGUCCUCCAGCUUUUAACUCAACAAUACAGCUGCCUUUCUUAAUAGUCAACACUAGCAAAAGAACAGUUAUAGACUGCAGCAUAUCAAGUGACAAAUUUGAAUACCUCUUUAAUUUUGACAACACCUUUGAGAUUCAUGAUGACAGCGAGGUGCUGAAGAGAAUGGGAAUGUCCUUUGGGCUUGAGGCAGGCAAAUGCUCAGCUGAGGACCUAAGAACCGCAAAAUCACUGGUGCCAAAAGCUUUAGAAGGCUACAUCACAGAUAUAUCUGCAGGAAUUUCAUGGAUAAACCAAGGGUUACUUCCAAGUUCAGCACAAGCAAUUUCACAUUUAGAGGUAGCAGGAGGCACUUCUGACGCUAAAUCAAGUGAGAAUCCAAGGUUGUGUUUGGAUGCUGAAGUGGCCUUAGCAACUGGGCAGUUUCUUGCCCCUAGCAGUCAACAGUCCAGCAGUGCAACAUCACGCUACUCUGAGUCACGGGGAGAAACACCAUGCUCAUUCAAUGAUGAAGAUGAAGAGGAAGAAGAUGAGGAUUCUUCCUCCCCAGAAUAAGGACAGUAGAAAAUAGAAUAUAAAAAAUGCUGCUCAAGUAUUCUUAAUGGGAGCUCCUGUUUGAAUUUUACUUGUUUCUUGCCUUGGUUUGCACUGUGUUCAGUGAAGCAAAAAGGAAGCUUCAAAAUAUUCACCCACAGCUGAAAUUGAAAACUUUUUGUAACUGAACAGUGUGAUAUGCAGACACAGAGCAAAGUUUUUUUUAUCAACUAUGACUAAGGAAAAUAACAAAUUCCCUGGAGACUGGGCAAAGUAAACAUCAAGUUCACAGUUUCCAUUCUGGGACGCUCGGUCUCAAGUAUCUUUCUUCCCCUUAUCUUUACCAGAUGGAGAAGAAAACAGUCAAGAAAUGCCAAUUCUUGCACUGUCUUUUGGCUGCGCUACCUUUAGAAAAAGGGGGAGAGAGAGAGAGCACGCGUGAAUGCGCCAAAAUAGUUAUUUAAAACUAUCGUAUAUGAAAAUUGUUCUAGGGAAAAGGGGCUGUUAGAAUGUUUGCUUUUUUCUGUUAAACUUGCUGUAUAGAAGAUUCUUAAAGUAAUAUAAAUUGCAAGUAAUUAAAUGAAUCUUGAAAUAGUUUAAAUCCAUUUUAGAUACUCUGAAAGUAACAUUAGUAUGUCUAUCUUGAAAGGUUCAUAUGUUCAUUUAUACUGCAGACCUAAUUUAUUAUAAGCAAGUGAUUAUUCUUAGCCAUUAUUAAACAGGAUAAAAAGAGUGGUAUUCUCUGCACCAACUUUUUUCAAGGAAAAUGUUUAAAAACUGUAUUUCUAGAUUAUAGUGUGUCCAGUAGAGCUACGCUACUCCUUUACUGUUCUAACUUUCUAAUCCCUUUGAUUUUAUAGCAUGUGGUUUUUUUAAAAAAAAAGGCCUCUAUGUUAAAGAUUUCAGGUAGCACAUUUUCAAAGCAGUAUUUUCAAUUUUCGGGUGGGCAGGUCACAACUUUUAAAGUCAUAGUUGAGGUUCUUAGGAAAAAAAUUAGCAAUACAUCAUUUAAUGUUUUGCAUUGUAGUCAAUUUGGAUUAUGAUAGACUAACUCUCUUACAGUUGACUUCUGUUGCACUCACCAAGAUGACUGCACCAAGUACACCUUUGAAAACUAGUAGUAUCAAGCCACUUCUUAAAAUAAUUUGUGGCUAAAGUGACACAACAUUAAUCCCAUUUGAACUGUUAAAUUAGUCUUGCAACAGUAGGCUCUGUGUUCUAUAGUUAACAUCACAUCCAAUCAUAAAGACCUUUUUUUAAAAAAAAACACUUGAAUAACAGAGCAAAAUACACUGUAGAUUAACUCUGCACAUGGUGUUCUAAUCCAGUAUUUUAACUAGUCUCAAAGUUUACUAUUUUUACUUAGGUAAAUCCAGUUUUAAGUAGUGUUACUUCUGUUUAGUUUUUAUACUAUAUGUAAAUAGUUGACCUGCUUCUACAUACCAAGGUAUGAACUGUCAGAGCUCAAUGAUGUUGGCUCUGUCAUUUAGUUAGGAGAUCAGGCAGCUUGUAAUACUAUUUGUUUGAGCAGUGGCAGCAAACUGGAUCCCCAACUGCUGUGACCAUGACUCCAGCACAGUAUGGGCUGUGUCCGUGUCACCUGCUACAGGCACACCUGCCCUAAAGCCAAGGAGAUCCAAAAGCACCAAGCCUGAGCUAGCAGGGUAAAGUGGGGCUCCAGCUAAAACACUACCUGGCUGUUGUACAGGAGUUAACACAUGGCUAGCUACAUACAGGAGAAGGUACAACUGCCAGGAGCACACAAGCACACCUGCAUGUUUGCAUUAAAAAUUAGAGCAUCCAGAUAGAAAUUUUUCACAGGUAGUUCAAAAUCUUGCAUUUGAGAUACAGUUAGGAUGGCACUAUUAUUUAGUUAUAACUCUUUACUAAGCAAAUAAAGCUAUCUAGCUUACAACAAAUGAGUUGCAAAUGCACAAAUUAAAAGACUUCUUAUAUGCCUACCACAUUAUGCAGCCUCUGGGCAAGACUGUUAAAGACUGUACUGUGCUUAUGGCUCACAGGCAACAGCAGACUGAGGGAUUUACACCACCUCACUUCAACCAAACCUGUAACACUACCUCUGUAUGAAGAAAAGCUUUACAAAUACAUAACAAUAUUCUGAGAGUCAGUGCACUUCAGAGAAGUGGCUCACUUUUGAAGGGAAGGAGAAGGUAACAGAUACUCCAGGCAUUACUAUGGUAUUGUCAGCUUCAUGAAUGACAUUUCUUUUAAACAGGUAAUUGCUCAUAUUCUUAAAAAAACCCCACCACAUUGUUUUUCAAAAACUGCCUGGUCAGUCAGCUUUCAUUAGAGAGGGCAGAUCUAGGGUACCUGACAUAUACAGGAUCCUAAGGAACUCUUAAAAGAGGAAAACAUUUUCUAAAGUGAUUUCCCCCUCCCCAUCACGCAUACAUUAGGGGCAUAUUUCACUUUACACUUUCUUCACAUUUGCCACUUAAAAUCUGUGUAAAAGAAAAAAACAGCAAGGCACUAAACAUUUACUAAAGAAGGGCACUUCAAACUAUAAAAACGUGGCAAAAAAGGCUUCCUGCCCAGAAACUGAAUGUAUUUUAGGCUUUACAGGAAGAGUGUCUUCAGUGAUACUUUCCUUCCACUGAUACCGAUGUCAUUCAAAGCAGCAGACUGCACAGCUACUUGCUUUCUGACAAACUUCAAGCUAUCAACUUAAAAAAAAUAAUAAUCUAAGAGCACAUAAUAUUUAAACUGUUGAACCAAGACUUUAAAAAGGUUUUUUUCCUGAACUAGUUGAAUCCAAAGGGCAAAACAAGUUAGAACAUUUACAAGAGAUUUCAAAAAGAAAUUAUUUCCUUGGGAUUCUUUGUGCCAAGCUCCAGUUGAGGAUGAAGUUCAACUAAAGCACUGCAGUCUUGUGGUUACACUGAAGUCUGGGAACUAGGAGAAUUUUGGGUCUUAUCCAGCUAUAUUCAGUAGUUUAUGAUCUCAGGCAAGCCUUUCAGUCAUUCUUGUUGAUGUGAGCUGACAUAUUUAAAAGAAAACAACACCAAAAAAAGCCCAAAAGAAAACAGGUAGAUGCAGGACCUCACAAAAUGCAGCUGUUGCAUCUAAAUUGAGCUCUGAGCAAUUAUGAGUACUAAGGGGACUGAGAAUAUUGAGCAACCACACAGCUCCCACUAAGCUAAUGGCAGUAGUUAUGCUCAGUCGCUUCAACUUGCAGGCCUCCCCUCCCUCUGAAAGCCAAGAGCAGAUACUUUCCAGAAUAAAGUGGCCAUUAGCAAGGCUGGCUUCUCCAUUUUCUAUUCAGUUACCAUCACUUUCUCUUGUCUCGUGCAAUACCCUUGGCAUUCAUUGAUAUAAAACAAGUAUCAACUGGUACUAGAUGGUAUCACAUAGAAGACAAAGUUAACAUGUAAAUUUUAAUGCAAAUUCUACUUAAUAUAAAUUUAAGUGACAUGGUUCUGCAUCUUGGAACACUAUUUCUUAGUUAUACAUUCAGACAGCACUUGUCUGCAAGCAACAUAAUGCUGUGUGUGAUUGCUUUUAUAAAUAUUGUACUAAACAGCUUUCUUUCUGGACUUAAAUUAUGGUGCUUGAAACAUCUAAAUUUUACUUAGAGAAACUUGUUAGCACUGCAAACUAGAUUAAAAAAUAUGAGUGGGAGAUGGCAUUUCUCUAUUAUGUGGAAAUCUGACAACGUUUAUGGAUUUUGGUUUUUAAAAUGGUAUUAAGGUGUGCCCUUUCAAUACUGGAAUUGUUGGCAACAAUGCACCUAACCUAAGAAAGUGUGUCUAUUUAAGUAAGACUAAAGCAAAUGAUACCAGUUUAACUGAAGGUAUAAUUUUAACUGACUUCAUUAAAUCUAGUACAAGCCACACUGCAGACAUUCCCAUUUUCGUUAAGGUUUUCAUUUAGUUUUAAAACUAUAGCUUGCCAAUACUCCAAAUCCUUUUGAGCAGCUGGCAACUGCUGACUAUACAUAAUAUCAACAGAAGGACUUGUGCUGAUCCAGCUAAUUCAGCCUGAAGUAACAUUAUGUAAAAAGGCCUAAUAACCAAAUUUUAAUCCUUUUUUUUUCCUAAACAAGACCCUCAUGUUCACACAUAAAAUUAUAUUUGAAUUUAGAAUUCCACAGUUAAGGUUUUAAAUGUCAAGUGCUCUUUCUUGUGACCACAUCCACCAUUUUAAUUGAAAAGCAUGGCUGCAACAAUCACAUUUAAACACUGAGCAAUACUAAUUUUUAUAAUUAACUGGCUUUUUUCAGCUGAAAAUAAUCCAAGCCAGUUGAUCAAGAAGACUUUCCUUUUAGUGAGAUAAAGACGUUUGUGUUUUGCAUUCAUUUAAAAGCAAAGCUAGUAACCACAGGAUAUAGCAUAGUAAGGAAACCAAAACUAUUCAUCUAAUUUAUAUCUUUUCAAGAGUCUCUCAGGAACAUAAAUAUUUUAAAUAAACAGAUAUAAUGAACUACUUUAAUGUUUUAUUAAAAAAAUUUAUAGUAAUAGUCAUACUUUGAGGUGACCUCCUCCUGCUUUACUACAAGCUUAAUUAAUUUUAAAUAAAGAAAUGCUGCAGUUCAGUUACUCCAAGGCCUGGUGUAUUUACAGCUGAAGACACCUCAACCUUCAGCACUGGAAAACAGUACCUUUCACACCGUUGCUGAUGAACAAGGAAGGGGCUAAGGACCAUUGCUCUGUUUUCGUUUUUUUGAAAUACACUUCUUGAAUUUCGACCCAUGCCAAUAAAUAAUUUUCAAUUUCUGAUUAUCACAUACUUAACCUUGCAAGCAUCAUAACAGCUCUAAGUAUUUUCUGCUGGCAGCUGUUCACAUAACCAAAUAAUACCAUGAUGCUUCCUGAAACUCUUCUUCCUCAGACUUAAGGUUCCUAAAUCAGAUUACCUCUUUCCUAUUUAGCUGUUAGAACUCAAGUCUGGUGAGUGUUUUUAACAGGUUGUGAGCAACUUUUCUUCUGUGGACCAGGUAUAUUGCCAAAAAAAUCCCCACAACCAACACUACUCCCAGUUGUUUAUCACCUCUGCUUUUCAAGUCACUCUAGAGCUGCUCAUACAAGUACUUCCUAGCUCAUUCAAUCUAAUUAUCUUAGCUAGCAUCCAUGGAUACCAAACCCAGCUGGUAUUGACAGUCUGAUGAAGGAAUACUCAUAAAAGCAAUCUGACAGCAACAACUGAAGGGGCUGUUUAUCACAGCUGCUCAGAAAGUGUGUAUUCAUCCUGUAUGUUUAAUACUCCUACCUUGUGUGGCCUACCCCAAAGAUCAGCCAAAACCGACAUGUUUUCUUUCUGCUUGCAUCUUUUUGACAAUACCCAAGAAUCCAACAUUCAGGAUAUCAACUUAACCUGCAGGACACCAAAAAUCCUUGCUCAAAAUUGGACAGAGGAAACAUCUGACAUCUACCUAUCCAAAUCCCAGGAGAAAGCCUUCUGCUUACAAACAAUUUGAAGCAAAUGAAUAUCUAAUUUUUCUUUGUCCAGUAAGAAAAGCAGGCUGACCUGGUUCAGAUCUGUCUAUCUGCAGGAGGGCCAUGAUAAUUCCAAGCAGAUACAGGAACCUCCCAGUAGCCCAGACUUGCACCUCUUCUCAGUAUUCUGUAUUGGCUAGAAGUGGCAACCACUGAAUCCUCUCACUUCUCUAAAUGCCCUUCUUAAACACUCAAUGCUUUCCAGGCAUAGGCGCUUUAGAUAGAACAACACCAUGGGAUGGCAGGAUGCAGCUAUAUAAAAUUUAAAUCCAGUUGUGUAGAUGUAAAUAAAACUCAUCUAGGCAGUAUAUAGGAAACUUUUCCCAAGAGAAAAUGGGUAUUUAACAGUGACUUGUUUUCAGCCUGUUCUCAUUAUCCAGGCUGAGUGAAACUGAGAAAUUUACUCCCUAGCACUAUCAGGUGCUUGUGCCCUCCCAUGAAGCAUCAGUGGCACACCCUUAAGAACAAGGCAGUCCAAGAGGAAAGAACGCAGCACAUGUCCAUAGCCCUUCCCACUUAGAUGUUUUAGGUCACAAUUAUUCUGAACAGCAACAGAAGUUAAAACAUUGAUCAGAAAAGUUUUAAGUGGGUUAGUUAAAUCUCUAGUGUAACUUUAACAGUUAGAUUGGUUGCAUUAAUGCAGUCAUUAAGUGGAUCUCCCAGAAUUUUCCUAGGAAAACACCACCAGCAACCUACCACAAGUUCCCUUGUCUCUAAAGCCAGGCUGUAUAUAUGAAAAAUACUUAAGUAUAUGCCACUGUUACAACACUGUAUCUCACAAGCACUUACUGUGAAAAAAUUAAGCCUACUUUGAGCAAACCUGUAAGAACUAGGAUACGAGUUCCUUCUCAUUCCUCAGGUCCUGACUGUAAAUAAUGCCCUGGGACCAAGGCACCAACCGCCAUUUGCAUAUCCUACAUCACGUCAGGAACAACUAGCCAGCAAGUACAGGCACAGUUUUUACAGCACUGCAUGUCUUUGGGCACUUCUUAGAUGAUCUGGCGUAAGAUAAAUCCCUUGGCAAUGAGCUAGUGCUAGUUAGAGAGCAGCUGCAACAUGCAGUAUCCAUUGCCCCCAUUACAGUAGCACUUUUUAAUACCUACUAUAAUCUACAGGGAAGUAAGUUGUAGAGAUACUUCCUUUUUAUGUUUAAAAUGCAGAAACCACUUGAAAGUCCAUUUACUUUUAAAUUAAAUAAGACUUUUUUUUUUUUUUUAAGAACAAGGCCAGUCAUGAACAAAGCCAUUUUAUGACCUCUGUCAAUGCUGAACUCCAAGGCGGGUUUGUAAACAUGGUGGGUGGGAAGAAAAGCACCACUGACAAACCAAAUUUCUGAGGAAGCUAACUAGAUGGAAUUUUAAGUUUUAAUUAAUUUUUUUAUCCACUCAUCUUAAUUCUCCCCCUUUGGCAUAAAGCAUCACACGAACACUCUGGCAGAAAUUUUUCUUCCUUUUCUCCUGCUGAACUCCUGUGUCUUCAGAAAGGUCCAAGCUGCCCAUUCAUCUCUUAAACAAUUUGCUGCAUAAUUCUGAAUUCUCCAUAGAUUUCUUUCCUUCCAAAUACCUUUAAAUUAUAAACUAAAGUUUUAUUUUUGCAGAAAGACUGCUAUUAAGCUAUGCUGAUCUUUUGUCCUGAUCAAAUAGUGUUAAUUUCUACUACCACAUUGUUCAUGGCUAGGAGUAGUGUAAAAAAGAAUGUGGUAGUAUUGUAUGUUCUUUAAACACUGACAAAGAUUUAAAGAAAAAUGCAUAUACAAAGUUUUACUUUCCUAAUAGGAACACUGGCAUUAGCAAAUAGUGUAUUUGAACCAAUAGGAAAUAUUCCUUUGUAGUAGCAAACACUUUGUAAAUAAAAACUUGUUAUUUUUUUAAUGGAAAUUUUAUAGAAGAAGCUAUUUCUGUAUACUCAAUUGAUCCCAUGUUUACUGAAAAUGCUGCAAGUGGGAAUUGUACAUUGUGGAAUGGGGGUGGGGAGCAGACAAGCCUGACUGAAGUGAAAACUAUGUACACUUGGGAGAAAAACACCCAGUUGUCUGUGAACAGGAACAUAAAGCAUAACUAUAGAAGAACUGAAUAAAAGAAUUUCAAGGCAA